UUCUCACGCCAAAAGCGGUAUGACUCACCCGUCAAGCUUACUAUCAAUCAACCAUUCAUGCCACGCUUUCAUCAACAAAAGCCCCUUGUUGCAUCUCAUCGAAGCCAGCCAGCUCCUGCAUUUCCGUCCAUCAUGCUCAUUAAACUCGACGACCUCUCCCACCCGGAGACCCGCGCCCUCCUGGCCCUCCACAUCGCCGACCUCCAACGCAAAUCGCCCGCCGAGUCCUGCUACGUCCUCGACCUCACGGCCCUCCAGCAACCCGCUAUCUCCAUGUAUACGGCCUGGCACGGCCCGGAUCUCCUGGGAUGCGGCGCGCUCAAAGAGCUCUCCCCGACGGCGGGCGAGAUCAAGUCCAUGCGCACGGCGGCGGCGCAUCUCCGCAAGGGUGUGGCGCGCGCCCUCGUACAGCAUAUCAUUCGUGAGGCGCGGAGGAGGGGGUAUGUGUGGUUGAGUCUGGAGACGGGGACUGACAGCUCGUUUGCGGCGGCGAGGGAGUUCUAUGCUGGCCAGGGGUUUGAGGUCUGUGAGGCGUUUGGGGAUUAUGUGCCCCGUGCUGGGACUUGUUUCAUGAGGUUGAGGUUGGGUUGAUGUGGGUUAUUGGACGGAGAUUUAUUUGUGUUAAACAAUAGCAUAUCGCUGGAUAUUUGGGUAAUGGCGCCCGAGCCAGGCCGUGUUAAUAGUACUUGUGCAGGGUAUCAUACUCACAAAUUGGGGUGUAGGCAGUUACCUAGCGAAAAGAGAGCAGGUGUGAUCGCUGUGAAUGGGAGUAGCGCAUGUACGCUUGAAAUUUGAAGAGAACAAGCGCAACAAUUGUUCUGAAUGUACAU